AUGACUUCAUAAUUCAAUCAAAAAAUUGGAUAUAAAAAGACUGUGAACGUUCACUCUUGGCCAUAACUUGAGAGAUUCUAUUUGGCAUCAGGGUCAUCAUUGUUAGAGAUGAUGAAGCUGUUUGUAAUACUAGCGUUAUUAGCUGGUCAGUCAUUGGCUGAUAUAUAUCUACACAAUCCCCGAGGUAGUAACGAUAGACUGAAUGAAAAGUCUGCUCAACGGGCGAACGCCAACAGAUUAUUUGACUCUCAGAAUAACAAUAGAGGAGGAUACAAUGUAGGAGAUGUAACAAGUGCCCCUCAUGGAAAAGAUGCUAGUAAACAAUAUAAAAUGGCCUAUUUCCAAAGUGAGGCUGAUGCAGAGACUAUAUUAACAGUAGAGUGGUAUAAUCAACAUGGUUGUGGAGGAAAUGAAGAUGAUAACCCACAGAAACAAAAUUGUAGAUUGGUUUUACAGUAUAUGUGCCAACCAGAAGGAACUACUGAAGAUGUUUUGAGAAAUGGCGUGGUCACUAAUACCCAAGAUUACAACCGUCCCCCAAACAGUAACUACAAUCUAGCCAAUCGUAACUCCCGAAAAAAUAACAACGUGAAAGCUGAUCGAGGUCUUCAGGAAUCUUGGGAUUGGUAUGAGGAGUGUUUUGUCAGAGAGAGAAACAAGGGUUUAUUUACUGCUGAUCAGAAUCUCCGUGGCAACAAUGGAUUAGGCUACAGUUCUGCCAUCUACACUCGACAGAAUCCUAAUGGUAACCGAAGAGGCUAUGAGUGCCCUGAAGAAAGAGACUACUUCCCCUAUUGGCAUCCAACACAAUGGAAGGACAUUGCCAUUUUAGCGGAAAAUGAAACCUUAUGCAAUCCUUUAAUAGCUGAAAGUUUUAACAACAAACCUUAUGGAGCCUGUUUACAGAAAUUCCCUAAUAGCCAAGUUCGUAAACCAUCCCGCUAUAACAAUAAGGAAGAAUGUGAAGAGAAUGGUCUUGACUGGGUCGCGUUUCAUAAUUACUUAGAAAAGGAUAAAACAGCUUCAACCCAAGCAGCCUGCCAAGCGAAAUCUACAAAUAAUAUCGAGUAUACAUGGGCGAUACCUUACGAUUCCACAACUUUCACUGCUGAAUGUUUGGUUAAAGUACCCUCCCCUCAAUGUCAAGAAGCUCCUUGGUCACGAUCCAACCAUCUUGGAAAUGGUAUUGGUGGUGAAAUGAACACUGUUCAAUGGACGCUUCCCCACUUUCCAUCUGGUCAGGUUCAAAACUGUGUCAUGAGAAUGAGAUAUAAUAUUAGUACUGAUGAUUAUGACCCAUUUAAUACUGAUUCUGAAUUCAAUGGGGCAGACAAUUCACCAGUCACCAACAACCCAUACGUUGAUAUCGGUGUGGGCAGAGGACCUUUACGUCUAGCCAUCAACACGGCUCAAUUUGGCAGAGUCUUCCAAGAUCGUACUCAUAUCUUCCAAUUGAAACCACGUCCAGAUGAUAUCAAAGAUUUCCGUAUCUUUAACGUGAAUGUCCGUGGAAAACGUGGUAACAUUGUUCAAGUCUACCCAGCUGUCGAGUAUGAUUUUACUCCAACUGAUUUAGAAGUCACGGAAAACGAUUUGGUUCAUUUCCAAUGGACAGGUUCAAACACCCACAACAAUGGCCGACCAGGUGGUGAUGGGCAAACGGGUGAUGCUGGUGAGGGCAAAUCAGGAUCUGACAGACACAAUAUUUUACAAAUGGCCGACAGGAAUGAAAAUUUCCCUCUUCCAUUCGAAAAAACUAAUAUGUGGGAUAAUGCUGAAAUUAAAUGGAUAUAUCACGGUAAAAACGAUGUCUCUGCUCGUGAUCUGGCCCUCAAUAUGGCUUCCUCUGGUUAUUACAAAUGUGUUUCUGCCACUGACUGCCCAGCAGAAUCAUUCAAAGAUUUCUUAGUUGACACCAAAGACAAGAUGCAGGUAACCCUUGACAACACUCCAGCCUCCUACCCAGGUGUGGUCCUCAAGUUUAAACAGGGCAAAUACCACUAUAUGUGUACACGAAACAACAAUUUUACCAACAGAAGUCAAAAAGCCACCAUUACUGUUGCAGCUUAAAAAAUUCUUUGUUAUAAUUGUUUGUUAAAUUUUAAGGUCCUCAUAUUUUUCUGAAAAUUACUAACAUUCCAUUUUUUUUGUCCAUUUGUUAUCGAUUGUUAAUUCAAAAUUUUUUUCUUAAAAUUUUUUGUGUGAGACUAUUAAACAAAACUUAAAUGUUGACAGUUGUCUGAUUGGUCAGUCUGAUGCAAAAGUCAUAUUUGCAAAUAUGUUCUUGAAUUCUUGAUGUAAACGAAAUGAAUGGAGUUUUACGUCCUACAUUGAAGGAAUCAACAUGAACUGACAUGAGAAUGAUGUUUAAGCACAUGGUACAAAAUGGCAGAAACUUUGAGCUAAACACUCAUGUUUUGAUGCAAGGAUUUAACUAUAUUCUCCAAUCAGAUGGCUGUAUUUGACCUCAAGUCAUGAGAUAUUUGGGAAAUGUUUCCAUGCUUUUGAAUUGAAGGCUUUCAUUUGGUCAUGUAAAAUUUUGAAUCAUAUCCAAGAUCUCUAUGCAAUUUGUGAUUAUUUUUUUAUGAAUUUUGUUACUGCUUUGUAAAUCUGCUUUUAAUAUUAGCUUAGAAAAAAAUAUCAGCUUUGUAAAUUUGCAUAAUUUGUAAAUACAUGCAUAAUUAAAAUAUCAAUAUCAAUGAAGAUAGUAUUGACCUCGGUGCAUAAUAAGGUUACAAAUUAUGUGCAUAAUUAGUAUUGACCUAAUUGCAGCAGGACUGCUCAAUAUGUAAAUUUAAAUAAUUUAUUCUUGAUAUUUUGCAUAUUUAAACAGUGUUCAAUCAUUUUCCCGUCCAGUGUUCAAAAUAAGCUACAAGAAUCUCUGAUCCAUCUUAAGGUCAAAAGGUCAAAUUUCAAAAUGACAAAAUAGAGGUACAUCCAGAGACCUAGUUUUCUUCAUUUUUCAUACAUUCUAGAUGAAAAUCUGUACAAGAAUUCCCCAAAAAAAAAGACCUAGCUUUCCUUUUGACUGGAUGUACUAAAUCUAUGUUUGUUCAUAAUAUUAGAUCUUCUGAUCUGACUCGGAAACCCACUGAGAUUUUCCUGCCUGUGCCUGUUCCUUUGUAAAUCAGGCUUAUCAUGUAUGUCACUGUUACUAAUAUAUAUAUAUUGUUAUGAAAUAAUCUGCUGGGACAGAGUACAAUAAAAUAUCUAGCAAUUUCAAAAAAAAAAAAAAAAAAAAACUGUAAAUAAUUAUAUUAUGUUGUUGAGAAUUGUUUACUGAGUUUUUUUGUAAUUUUAUAUUCAAUCCAUUUUUAAAUGUUUUGUCUAUUUGAAUGAGACUUGUUGUAUUUGUUUUACAAUACUGUACAUGCAGUGAGUGACGAGUGUUGUACAAUUUUUGGGUCCCAAGCAGAACUAUUUACGGGUUAGAUUCAGUUGGUUCAGUACGGCUAAAUUAAAAUGCAUUUCAGGAAAUUACUUAUUGGGAGAAGGGAAUCCUAAAGUUAUUUAUUUUUGUUUGCAGAUAUUAGUUGGUAUCUCUAGUCAAAAAGCAUUUAAAUUCAUUUUUUUUUUACCACAAUCUGGACAUAAUACCUGUUAGUUCACAGUGGGUCAGUCAACCUGCAUCACAAUGAGUCAUUUAACUCGGCAAGUCACUUAACUCACAGUGAGUCAAGUAAUAUGCCUACAGUGACUCACUUAAUUUGCUUUCAGUAAGUCAGUUUACUCGUUUACAGUGAGUAAUUUUACUUACAGUGAGUCAGUUUACUCACUUAUAGUGAUUCAGUUAACUCGAUUAUAAUGAGUCAAUUUACUAGCUAACAUUGAGCCACGUAACUCACAGUGAGUCACUUAAGUCAUUCUUAGUGGCCAGUUUACUUGCUUGCAGUGAGUCAGUUUACUAGCUCUUAGUGAGUCAAGUAACUCACUGGUGAGUAUAAUUAAUUAAAAUAUAAAAGAUACUGAGGAAAUAAAGUGUAUGUGUUGAAUGAAAGUGUUCAAUGGACAUGUUAUAAAAUUUCACAAAUUUGGAUAAAUAAAGCAUAAUUGUUGAGUUUUGUAUUAUAUGUAAAUUAUAUGCUUGGAAUUGAAAUAAACAUAAAAAUUACAUUUGCUUUUUAUCUGUGGGUUCUCAAUAAGGGAUUGUUAAAAGGUUUUCCAAACUUUUUAUAUAUAUCAGGGACAUUGAUAACAUCAAUUUGCACCAUUCUGUCUGUGUUUCCUGGAAUUCCAUUCAAAUAAGCAUUUGAUGUCUGCUAAUAUCAUAUAAGCCAUUGCAAUAGUUUUGUCAUAAACGCUUAGAUUUUGCAGGAACCACAGACAUCUGAUAGAAUAUUGGAAUGGUGUAAAUCGAUGCUAUCAGUGUCCCUGAUCCACAAAGGUUUUAGAAAAGCUCUUUUGAAAUACAUGUCAUAGCCCUAGUACAAUUCAUAAAAUAUGGUAUAAAUGGAAAAACAAAAUCCACUUCAAUGGGGUAUUAACAAAAACUGAUAUUUAGUUGAACACUAGGAGAAAGGAGUAAUCCUGUUUUAAGAAAAGUAGUUUAAGAACGCAUUACCCUUGUAAGAGAAAUUGUUUAGGAUUGCAAAACUCAUUUUCUUCAAAUGUCAAUCAAUGUUAUAGCCUUUAAAAAAUAUUCAGUCAUAAACAAAGUGGUCUGAUAUUUGUAUGACUUUCCAACAUCUGUUCAACACUUGUCUAUUACAAAAUUUGGCAUUCGCAGGAUUGGUUCCAAGUUCUCACUGCAAUUCUACUGUGAACUUUUAUGACAAUUAAAGAUGGGUUCCCUUAUUUUCAUUUAUGAAAAUGCUAAUACUCAUAUCUAUAGAAAGUAGAGGUAUUCUAAUGACUUGGAAAAUAUCAGUUUAUACCUGUGAAAAUUUGAAAUCAUUUUCUGACUGAAAAGAUCAGACCUCAGCACAAGGGAGAUGACUCUUAAGUACAUACCAUGAUUCAGACAACACUUUAUAAGUUUCCACCGUCAUCAAUGAUCUUAUACUAUUUCCUUCUGUUGUGCUCCCUAUUUGACUGGAGACAAGCAACCAUUGUGUUGUGCAAUGGUGCCAAACACCAUUGGAUUACUCUUUCUCAAAUUCAAACUGGAAGUGUAUUUAUUGACCGUAUUUACCAGCAUAUAAUCCAAUCAAAUCGCUGCAUUUACCAACUGUCAUGAUAAAAGGAAAUGCUUCAUGAUGUCAGGUCAUUGGACAGAGCUUUUAACACUUUGACAUCAGGGUUGUUGAUUUAUUUUUAUGUCAACCAGACACUUUUCCUUGGUCAUUGUAAAGUUGUAGGGAAUCAUAAAACUUGGGUUUAGUUUUCCCUUUAUGAUACUUAAAAAUAUAUAUUAGUUACAUUAACAACAUGGCUUUGAUUGGCUGUAUUGAAUAGAGUACAAGCCAAUCAAAGCUAGUAAUAGCUUGACAUUGUGUAGAUGAUAUCGUCCAGACUUAGCAUAGAUAUUCACUGAUUUUUACAUUCGUUUACAUCAGACGCCUCUGCCUUCACAUGUUUCACUUUUAAUUCUUUCUUUGGUUUUUCUUUCGCUUUUACCUCAAUUUUCGAAAUGUCCAUAAUUGUGUCUGUAACAACCUUAUUCUCCAUUUGUCCAUUUUCUGAGAAAACUUGGACAUCGUUUGAAAUGGACACACUCUUUUUGUACGACAUUUUCAUCAGAUUUUGAAGUUUCGGAGUAUCAGGCACAUUUUCUUUUGAAAAAAAUAGAUUCGCUCCUAAAUUUGGGUUCACCUUUUCCGUAAUUUUAGUUUCUGUUUGACUCGUGUCGACCUCGAGGGGUAUUUUUUCUUUCUUCUUUUGCAGAAUUUCUUUCUUG